ACUCCUGCUCCCUGUGGUCAUCCGGUUCGGGGUCCUGGCGGACUUCCAUCUCCGCCACUUCUGCAUCUCAGCCUUUCCUCUGGGCCUGGAACGACCGCCAAGAUUUCAGCGGAACCUUCCCCCGCGAUGCGCAUCUGAAGAUGCACCGCCAUCACGGCUCCGAAACAGGCGGAUACGGCUUUUUCUGGGCCGACAUGACGCGCUCCGUCCUCGGCAGCGGCAGCAGCAACUACCUAGGAAAGCCGACCGUCGACGACCUGCUCAAGACUCUAGCCAUCGUCCCCAACACCAACAACCUCCUCGGUACCUCCACUAAACCCCUCUCCGCCUCGGGCUGGCUAGAUAAAGUAACCGCCAACCCUCUCCCCAAAACGCACGCCUUCUUCAUGACCGUUGCCUUCCUCAUCCUCUUCCCCCUCGGUGUCAUCUUGAUCCGCUCCUCCGGCAACGCCUUCCAGAAACAUUGGCUUGUGCAAGCCCUCGCGUCCAUCUUCACCCUCGCCGGCGCUGGCGUAGGCUUGUACAUGACCGGUCGCCACAUCCCAUCUACCGUUCACCAGUGGCUUGGUCUCGCUGUUACUUUCCUGCUGGUAGUCCAGGCGAUUCUGGGGUGGAGACAUCACAUGGAUUUCCUGAGGAUCCGCAGGAGGACGUGGAUCUCCCAUGGACAUAUCUGGCUUGGGCGGUGGGCAGUGGUGGCCGGGUGGGUUAAUGUUGUUUUGGGAUUGUUGUUGAGCGGGCAUAGUAGGGUUGAUGUGUGGGGGGUCGGGAUUUUCAUGGGUAUGGAGGCGGUUGUGGUGGCUUGGUGGGUUUGGAGGGCGGCACAGAGGAAGGCGAUGGCGGGUGAGAAUGGCGGGCAGAAUGGAAAGGGGACGAUGGAAGAUGGGGAGGUUGAGAGUCAUGCGCUGAUGGCGAGGAAUGGAGGUGCGGGAGCGGAUGGGGAAUAUUUUAGGUUGAGCAUGAGUGAGGAUGAUUUGAGUAGUAGUGAGGAUGAGGAGGAGGGCAAGAGGGGGAAUGGGGUCAGGGGUGGGCGGUAAAUAAGCGACAACGCGGCGGGCGUGGAGGAUUGGGCUUGGGUAUGAUGUUAAUGACUCCGGAUAAAUGCGUUCACUGGUACCAUGUGGAUGGUUAAUGGCUUCAAGACGCUGUGGUACAUGAUCGCUUAAAUGCAAGAUUGUUUAUAACACAAGGCGAUAAUGUGCACAGCAACCAAAUUCGACAAACCCCAAAGACGAAAAUUGUUCUGUUCACCA